AUGGCACUGUGUUCGGUGACCCACAUUCCUCUUCCUUCCGGUCUGUCAUCACUGGAGAUGUUAGUGCUGUGCCGUCGCUCUCCACGUGGUCGUCCAAGAGACGAUGGGCAGCAGUUCCGCAACCUCAGUCCACAGGUCUCCUGGGUUGUUGUUGGUCACCUCCAGGUCAUCUUCAAGCUGCACGGGCGCUUUGACAAGCCCUGCUUUUUGCCAGCAGUUGCUAAUGGUGGACACCUGCAAGUUCCACCAAGCUCCUCGAGGCUUUGCAUACUUGCUGAUGACGAUCGGUUCAAUUUUCUUCGUGCCUGUCACAUUGCAGCAGAGCAGGACUGUCACACGAAGAUGCGACUUCUUCCCUCCUUUGCACUGCUGCCCUUUGAAGUGGAUUGUCCGGUCUGGCAGGAGCUGCUAAGAACAUGUGGUUUCCUACCGUCGGAGUCCAGGGACGAAUACCACUCGCUCGUGUAUGUGCGGGGCCAACAGCACUACUGCCGGCAGUGCACUUAUGUGACCAAGUACAAGAGCAGCAUGAAUGCACACCUGCGCACACACACAGGCGAGCGCCCCUUCAAGUGCCCCAUGUGCACAAACAGAUUCACUCAGAAUGCCAACUUGAAAAAGCAUCUGCGCAGCCACACGGGCGAGCGCCCCUUCAAGUGCCACCUGUGCCCUAACAAAUUUACUCAGAAGUGCCACCUCAAGCAGCAUCUGCUCAGCCACACAGGAGAGCGUCCCUUUUCCUGCGUGCACUGCAAUGCAUCCUUUUCGCGGAAGGAAAUCCUCGACAAACACAUGUCCUCUCACACUGGAAAGAAGUCCUAA